AAGUUAGAUGUUUUCCCAUUGUUUUCCAUAAAUGCGAGUACCCCUCGCACAGAUAAGGCAUUAGUAUGCCUGGAACAGAACGCUAAACAUGUCAAAAACCAACCAAGAUCGCAAGCUUAAGCACCUUUUCGACGGCGGCGACUGGAAUGUAUACGAACCGAAUAUCCUAAAUCUCGGAGUGGGUGCUCCUGGUACAGAUCUCCUGAGCGCCAACUGCGACAGCUUCAGAAAGGCCACAGAUCAUUGCCUGGAACGUGAAAAGCGGGAAAACCAGUCGCUGAUUUUUCAAUAUGGACCUACAAGUGGUACAUUUGAGGUGCGCCGAGAGAUUUCCAAUUAUUUCACCGAAAUGUUUGAAAGUCCCGUUAACUGUGCUGAUUUGUUGAUUACCACAGGAGCUACCCAGGGCCUUCACCUUCUGCUUUCCACGAUGAUAGACUUUCAGGGUUUUGUAUUCGUGGAUGAGUACUCCUAUAUGAUUGCCCUAGAUAGUAUCAAGCACUUUAGCACUCUGACCAUAGUUCCUGUAAAGUUAAACGAUGAUGGUGUGGACUUAAAAGAUCUCGAAGAGCAGGUUUCCAAACAUUGUUUUACUUCGGAGAAGAAGGAGUUCUGGGGAAUGUACUAUACCAUACCCACGUAUCAUAAUCCAACGGGGAUUUUGUUCUCGCCUGAGGUGUGUCGGGGAAUCGUGCAACUGGCCCGCAAGUUUGACUUCCUGGUGGUGUGCGAUGAUGUAUACAACAUACUACACUAUGGCGAGAAGCCCAGUCACUCCCGUUUGUUGUCCUACGAUGAUAGAAAUGAUACCGACUUUGCAGGCCAUGUAAUCUCGAAUGGUAGUUUCUCGAAGAUUCUAGGACCUGGAGUUCGCUUGGGUUGGCUAGAGGUGCCUCCGCGACUUAAACCAAUCUUGGAUGGAAGUGGUUUUGUGAACAGCGGUGGAUGCCUUAAUAACUACACGUCUGGAAUUGUGGGUAGUCUCUUUGAGCUGAAGCUAGCUCAAGAGCAGAUAUCUGUAUUUUAUGAAGCCUACAAGAAACGAAUGUUGGCCACUACCCAGGUUCUUCGAGAUGAGUUGCCCGAGGGAUGUAAAUUAGUCAGUCCUACAGGGGGAUAUUUCAUCUGGGUAAGAAUACCCGAACACCUAGAUUCCCGAGAGUUUCUCAAGUACUGCCUAGAACACCAAAAGAUAUAUUUUAUAGCGGGAACACGCUUCUCAGUUGAUGGCCAAACUGGUAAGCAGUUCUUCCGAUUGUCCAUUGCUUUUUAUCCAAAGGAAAAACUGGUGGAUGGAGUGAGAAGACUUUGUCAGGCACUUAAGUGUUAUAUAGCCACACAAGAGAUCCCACACGGCGUAUCUUAAUAUGGCAAAAUAUGUUUAUUAUUGUGGUUAACUGCUAUCGUACUUUAAAUAUGACUUAUAAAGAUGUGACUUGGCACUAAACUACUUAUCAAAACGUUAUUUACUACAUAAAGAGAUAUAUGAUAUA